AUGGCCCUCAAACGGAAGCUCGACGGCCCCGAGCCCGACCCCGACAAGAAGCCCAAGCGCGGCUUCAGGGUUGGCCCGGAUAACCUGCCAGACGGCCCCUGGCGACGAAAAGUGACCAAGAUCAAGAAGGACUUGAUCCACAAGGCAAAGGUCAAGAAGGCCUACGCGAAGAUCAAAGCGCGCGACCAACCCGCCUCUGCCUCGUCCACCGUCGCCCCAGCCGCCCAUGACCAGUCGCCGGAAAGUGACCAUGUCGAGAGCGGCGCCGGCGAUGCAGAGCCCGAGCAGCCAAUGCACCCCACGAGGGAGCUGAUGCUCAAGGACGAGCAAAACGCACAAGCCGGCGCAAACGCCCCCCAGACGGACGCAAGCGACGGCAAGCGCCGCAGGACACGGCGUCCCGGCUACUACGACAAGCAGCUGGAAAAGGCAGAGGAGCGGCGGCAGCAGGCCGAGACGCGCGCACAAGAGCUGCGGCAGCGGCGCGAUGACAGAGAGCGGAAGCUGGCCGAGCGGGAGCGCUUCAAAAAGGCCAUGGCCAAGACGAGGGGGAGAGACGGCAAGAAGAAGCUCGGGCGCGAGAGCACCCUGUUGCUGGACAAGGUCAAGAAGAUCGUUGCAGAGGGCAAGUAG